UCCUGCUGCUGUUUGCUGGGUGCUGCUGACCCCUGUGAGGUAGAGAAAAGAUGUUCAGGUGGUUCACAUCCCACACAGGUGCCCCUCACAGGGUCCUCACUGGGAGCCAGCGCUGUGGGUGUGGGGAUGAUGACGAGCCUAAACUGUGCAGAGACUCAUGUCCCAGGUGCUCCAUGUGACCACCUCGGGAGAGGUCUCUGGCUGGUUAUGACACAGAAGAGUAACCCAUCGCCUCCUGCAGCUCUUUCAGACCCAGUUGCAAAGGAGAGCUGCAUGCUCAACCUGCUGCUGUCCCUGCCGGAGGCCAACCUGCUCACCUUUCUUUUCCUUCUGGACCACCUGAAAAGGUAGCCCAGCUCUCCCAUGGCUGCGGGGGGCUCCAGGUCUCCAGGCCAUGGGGUGCCCCUCUGCUCCCACCAGACCUCCAGACUGAGGACCUUUUCCCCCGACCCCUCUCUGCAGUCACUUACUGCCUCUAAGGACUAGCAGCACUGCCACCCCUGCCCCUGCCUCUCCUCUUUGCCACCCUCCUCCCUCUGCACUGUGGUCUUAACAAAGAACUCAGAGCUUUGGUCAUGGCCAGCAGUGCACUUGAACCACCCUCUUCCCUCCCAGUCACAUCAUAGAGGAGACCUCCCCACCAGCCCAGAGCUGGCCCUUUUUCCUGGGCCGCUGAGACUCGGAAGUACCAGGGCUGGAGUCAGCUUGCAGCAUAGCCAGGGGUGAGGUCACUCCCUUCCUGAGGACUCCAGCAUGGCACAGCCCCUCUGUCUCUCUCGGUGGUGGUAUUGAAACAGCACCCACUGUUUCAGUCCUCUACAGUAUGGCAGAGAAGGAGGCAGUCAAUAAGAUGUCCCUGUACAACCUCACUGCUGUCUUUGGCCCUACACUGCUCCAUCCCUCCGAGAAGGAGAGCAAGCUCCCUGCCAAUCCAAGCCAGCCCAUCAUCAUGACUGACAGCUGAUCCUUGGAGAUCAUGUCCCAGGUCCAGGUGCUGCUGUACUUCCUGCAGCUGGAGACCAUCCCUGCCCCGGACAGCAAGAGACAGAGCAUCCUCCUCUCCACUGAAGUCUAAAGGCCCCAGUCCAUCUCCAGGAGGUGGACAGACAGCCUGGAAACCUCUGGCUAAUCAGGCCAUCCAUAGAGUGGGAAUCAAGAUUUUCUGAGGCAUCCUUGGGCCUCAGUGUCAGGCCAUCUGCCAAGAGACAGCGGCCCAAAGCAGAAGGACAUUUGGCCUGGGCAGAUCCCGCCCAAGUCUGAAAAUCCCAGGCUGCCCUCAGACUGUGUUUUUUUUUUAUGUGGCCACCUGAGGGCGUGCCAAGCCAGUGCAUCUGAGAGUCCAGGCCUGGCCCUGGGAGACAGGGUGAAGACAGUGGUUUUUACGAACUUAUAGAGUUUAAAAGGUUUCUACUGGAUCACUUGUCAAGAUACGCCCUCUCAAGGGAGAAGGGAACGUGAUCAGAUUCCCUCACUGUUGUAUCUUGAAUAAAUGCUGCUGCUUCAUCCUGU